AUGUCGAAAGAGGAAGCGACUUCGGCUUUCAGAGUCAUCUAUGCCAGUUUCAAUCUGGCCAUUCCUCCUUCUCUGCUGCACGAUCCCAUGACGGCCCUGUUGGAAAUCUGGGAUUCCCUACUCAUCCGCAGAUACAUUCCUCAAUUGUCUGGAGUCCUCAUCGCGCAUGAUGAGCACAUGUUCCUUAGAAGCAGCGCUGCCAUCGAUGGCGAUGGCGCUUUCGCCACCGUACCCGCAGCCAUCAAGGCAUUGGUCUGGGCUCCUCACGUAGGUCAGAGGCUAGAGGGCAAAUUGACUCUGUCCACCUCUUCGCACGUUUCGCUACUGGUACACGGAACAUUCAACGCCUCCAUCUCCUCCAUGCACCUGCCCACAUCCGAAUCGCUAGCCCUUGCAGAAUCCAACAGCACCUCUUUCGAACGACCCAAUCGGGGGGCGCAAGUGUGGAGUUUCGUCGAAGGCUAUGGUUUGGAUGGCGUGGAUGAGCAUGCGCGGGGGGAUGCAGAGGCAGAACACGACCAGCAGCAGCAGCAGGAAGAAGAAGAAGAAGAAGAAGAAGAAGAAGGGAGGAAAAGUACGGGGUAUUGGGCCAAGGAAGAUGGAGGUAGAUUGGGAGGGGAGAAUGGAAGAAUAGUGUUUACCGUCAUUGGGUGA